GGGAGGAGACCCGGGCCGGGCACCCUCGGGGGCAGCGCCCAGCCCGGCUCCCGCCGCUGAGCGCCGCAACCGAACCGAACUGAACCGGGCGGAACCGAACCGAGCCGAGCCCGGCCGGGUCCCCCGGGCAGCGCCCCUUUGUCUACGGAGGAGGCGAGGCGGGGGCGCUGAGGAGCGGAGCCGCCGCCCCGCACCCUGCCAGAGCGGCAGGAUGGCCGAGAAGGGCAUGGACCCCGCCUGCGUCUCCAUCGCCCUGGAGGACACGGUGUGCCACGCCGGCCCUCCCGACGCGCCGCUGCUCACCACGCACCUGAAGAAGGUGGAGAACCACAUCACGGAGGCGCAGAGGUUCUCCCACCUCCCCAAGCGCUCGGCCGUCAACAUCGAGUUCAUCGACCUGUCCUACUCCGUGCGGGAGGGAUCCUGGUGGAGGAAGAGAGGGUACAAGACUCUCCUGAAAUGCCUGUCGGGGAAGUUCUGCCAGCGGGAGCUCAUUGGGAUCAUGGGCCCCUCAGGAGCUGGGAAAUCCACGCUCAUGAACAUCCUGGCUGGCUACAGGGAGACUGGCAUGAAGGGGCAGAUCCUGGUGAACGGGCGGCCGCGGGACCUGCGCACCUUCCGCAAGAUGUCCUGCUACAUCAUGCAGGAUGACAUGCUGCUGCCACACCUCACCGUGCUCGAGGCCAUGAUGGUCUCUGCCAACCUGAAGCUGAGUGAGAAGCAGGAGGUGAAGAAGGAGCUGGUGAACGAGAUCCUGACGGCCCUGGGGCUGCUGGAGUGCUCCUACACCCGCACCAGCUCCCUGUCGGGGGGACAGCGCAAGCGCCUGGCCAUCGCCCUGGAGCUGGUCAACAACCCGCCCGUCAUGUUCUUCGAUGAGCCCACCAGCGGGCUGGACAGCGCCUCCUGCUUCCAGGUGGUGUCCCUGAUGCGCUCCCUGGCUCAGGGCGGGCGCACCAUCAUCUGCACCAUCCACCAGCCCAGCGCCAAGCUCUUCGAGAUGUUCGACAAGCUCUACAUCCUGAGCCAGGGCCAGUGCAUCUUCAAGGGCGUCGUGACCAACCUCAUCCCCUACCUGAAGGGCCUCGGCCUCCACUGCCCCACGUACCACAACCCCGCUGACUUCAUCAUCGAGGUGGCCUCAGGGGAGUACGGGGACCUCAACCCCGUCCUGUUCCGCGCCGUCCAGAACGGGAUGUGCACCAUGGCCGAGAAGAAGAGCAGCCCUGACAAGGCAGAUUCCUCGUGCCCCACGUGUGGGACGGACGUGGAUCACAUCGAGAGCCACACGUUCGCCACCAGCGCCACAACUCAGUUCUGCAUCCUCUUCAAGAGAACCUUCAUCUGCAUCCUGCGGGACACGGUGCUGACCCACCUGCGGUUCAUGUCCCACAUCUGCAUCGGGGUGCUCAUCGGGCUGCUCUACCUGCACAUCGGCAACGACGCGGGCAAGGUCUUCAACAACACCGGCUUCCUCUUCUUCUCCAUGCUCUUCCUCAUGUUCGCUGCCCUCAUGCCCACCAUCCUCACCUUCCCCCAGGAGAUGACCGUGUUCCUGAGGGAGCACCUCAACUACUGGUACAGCCUCAAAGCCUAUUACCUGGCAAAGACCAUGGCAGACGUGCCCUUCCAGGUGAUCUGCCCCAUCGCCUACUGCAGCAUCGUGUACUGGAUGACGGGCCAGCCCCCCGAGGCCACGCGCUUCCUGCUCUUCUCCGCCCUGGCCACCGCCACCGCCCUGGUGGCCCAGUCCCUGGGGCUGCUCAUCGGAGCUGCUUCCACUUCCCUGCAGGUGGCCACCUUUGUGGGACCUGUCACUGCCAUCCCCGUGCUGCUCUUCUCGGGCUUCUUCGUCAGCUUCAAGACCAUCCCCACCUACCUGCAGUGGAGCUCCUACGUCUCCUACGUCAGGUAUGGCUUCGAGGGGGUCAUCCUCACCAUCUACGCCAUGGAGCGCGAGGACCUGGAGUGCCUCGAGGACUUCUGCCCUUUCCAAAAGCCCAUCAAGAUCCUGCAGGAGCUGGACGUGGAGGAGGCCAAGCUCUACCUGGACUUCCUCAUCCUGGGCAUCUUCUUCGUCAUCCUGCGGCUCCUGGCUUACCUGGUGCUCAGGUACAAGGUCAAAUCUGAGAGAUAAGAGGGCCGUGGGGCCCCGGUGCCGUCCCCGGGCCUGGCCUGCUGUGAGAGAUGUUCUGCAGAUGGACACGGUGCUCCUGCAGGUCCCAGAGCGUGGUGGAGGCACUGGGAGGCGCCAGCCAGGCCUGGCUCAGUCGAGAAGGGUUUUGAGACAUCUCGGAACUGUUUUAACCUUUCCACACACACACUCUUCAUUGCGAAACGUUUUGUACAGCCCUGGCACGUGCCACUGUCUCCCCCAGGACUGACAGAGCUUGGCUCCCCUUUGGCUGUCCCUGCCUGUGCCCUGGGGACAGCAGGGACAGCCCAGCCCAGGUGUUUGUGCCCAGCACGGCUGGGAGGAGCCUGCCCUGAGCAGAGGAGCAGCAGCUGGGGCUGGGCUGGGCUGGCAGGAGGGAGCUGCAGAGCUGGAGGUGCAGCCAUGGGCCCGUUCCUCGUCCUGGCCAGCAGCGUGGGAGUCAAAGAUGCCAUGGUGGAGCUGCACAAGGCUUUAGAGUUUCCUGUCGCUGUAGCCGCAGAGAUUGCUGCGUCCCCCUUUCCUUUCUGUGCAAAUCCUCCUCCUUUUUUUCUUUUUUCUUUAUUUUUUUCCCCCCACAAGCCCCACUGCAUCUUCAGCAAAGGAGCGAACAGGCAGAGAAGGACUUGGGGCUGUCUCAGACUCCUGCUGGGACAUCAUGCUCAGAGAUGGGAUCUCCAAAGCAGGGUCUGUGGGAGCAGGACAGUGUUCUCAGACCUUAGGGAGUCUCUCAUUCAGUCCCUGUUGUCCCUGGGGUCUGAGACGGGAGGAUCUGAAGCAAUUUAACCAACAUGGAAGAAGUGACUGGAGGAUUUGGGUUCCCACACCCUGCCCGUGGCAGGAGGAUGGAAAGCAGGGCUGGGCUCGGCUGUGUCAUCACUGGAGGCCGUGCUGCAGGAGCAGAGCUGGCCCUGAGCCCUCCCCUGCAGCCUCUGUGCCCUGGCUCCCCCGGGGCUGCCUCAGCACACGAGCCUCGCUCAGCACCGACUGCAGGAGGGGACACCAAGGACACCCAGCCUGGCACAGCGCCAGCGCCCAGGGUGACACUGGGCACAGGGGGUCCCUCUGCAGAGCAGUGCCUGCGCUGGAAACCAGGUGAGAUCCCCGGCUGGUUUGUUUGCAGCAGGUGACACGGACUCUGGGAAGGCCUUUGCUCUUAGUGAUGGCACCAGAAGGAACCUUUGGUGGCUUUGGUGGCUGCUCCAAACUCGCACACCUUGCAGAGAGAGGGAAGGCAAUUCAGCACCGUGCUGGCUCUCCAGAGGAGCUGAGCUGAGCCCAGAGCUGCUGAACCAGGGCCAUCUGCAGGUGCUGCUGUGCUGGGAACAGAGCACCCUGCUGCCCUGCCCAGCACAGCUCCGUGGGCAUGCUGGCACUGCAGGGAACAGAGCACCCUGCUCCCCUGCCCAGCACAGCUCUGUGGGCAUCCUGGCACUGCUGGGAACACAGCACCCUGCUGCCCUGCCCAGCACAGCUCUGUGGGCAUCCUGGCACUGCUGGCACUGCUGGGAACAGAGCACCCUGCUCCCCUGCCCAGCGCAGCUCUGUGGGCAUCCUGGCACUGCUGGGACAGAGCACCCUGCUGCCCUGCCCAGCACAGCUCUGUGGGCAUGCUGGCACUGCUGGGAACACAGCACCCUGCUGCCCUGCCCAGCUCAGCUCUGUGGGCAUGCUGGCACUGCUGGGAACACAGCACCCUGCUCCCCUGCCCAGCUCAGCUCCGUGGGCAUGCUGGCACUGCUGGGAACAGAGCACCCUGCUGCCCUGCCCAGCACAGCUCCGUGGGCAUGCUGGCACUGCUGGCACUGCUGGGAACACAGCACCCUGCUGCCCUGCCCAGCACAGCUCCGUGGGCAUGCUGGCACUGCUGGGAACAGAGCACCCUGCUCCCCUGCCCAGCACAGCUCUGUGGGCAUCCUGGCACUGCUGGGAACACAGCACCCUGCUGUCCUGCCCAGCUCAGCUCUGUGGGCAUGCUGGCACUGCUGGCACUGCUGGGAACAGAGCACCCUGCUCUUCUGCCCAGCACAGCUAUGCGGGCAUCCUGGCACUGCUGGGAACACAGCACCCUGCUCCCCUGCCCAGCACAGCUCCAUGGGCUGGCACUGGGCUGCACGUGGCACCCACGGACGUGGGAAACCUGCAGGAUUUUGGCAAGCAUGGACGUGGGGGAGGCAGAGCCCUGCCCCACCCUGGCAGGCUGGCCCUGGUUCAGCUCAGCCUGGGGAUCCUGUCCUGGCACUCUGAGCAGCCAGGGAUGGCAGGGCAGAUGCCAGGUUCCAGCAGAGUCCUGGGGAAUGAUCUUUGGCUUUGCUGGCUCGGGCUGGGGCUGCACAGCAGAGUCUGGCUGGCCUGGCACCGAUGCUGGCACUCAGCAAGGCUGAGCUUCCCCUGCUGGAGGGCAUCGAGGAAUGUUUGGGGCUCUCCUGCACCGAGGGUCUGGAAGCAGGACCCUCCCUGCUGCCCUUUCCACGCUGAGCCUGGGGUUAUCCCCAGGGGCUGCUCUCUGGCUUUUCACUGCCCUCACAAAAUUCCCCUCUGCUCCUGGGCCUUCCUGCAGUGCUGUGCCCUGCAGUGGAGCCGUGCCAGCUGCGGGGCUGCCAGCCACAGCCAGGGGGGCACGGAGCGGGGGGCAGCCCCUGUGACUGCUCUGUCACCAUGUGCACAGGUGGGCAGGGAGCUGGGGGUGUGGGGCUGUCACCCUUGUCCUUCUCCUGGUCCCUGGAGCUGGUGGGAUGAUGGUUCUGCUUCUCUGCAGCUGGUUCUGCUUCUGUCCCGCUUUUGGGCUGGGACCAGUCCCUGCUCUGCUGGGCUGAGGCUUUUCCCUGGGUGGAUCCUGAGCUGCAGGAGGUGUCAGUGGGGCAGCCCUGCACAGCUCCUGCUUCCCCCCUGGCAUUUGGGGCUCUCCUGGUGGCUCCUGUCUUCUGCACCCUGGGGGUGCUGCUGUCCCCAGUGCUGUCCCCAGCACACCUGGACAGCCCUGUGCCAUCACAGCCAGGGCCACCACUGUCCCAGGAGGACCAGGACAAGAUGGACUGGUGUUGGAGCAAAGGGGCCACCAGCAGGCACCAGGGACAGCCACUGGCUGUGUCCCCAUGCCCAGGGAAGGAUUUGCUGAGCAGGCUCUGCAGUUUGCAGUGAAACCCCAUGGAACGGGCACCGCCAGGGCAGGUGGCUCCCACUGCCGGGCCCAGCCUGCCUGGGAUGGGGCAGCACCCUGGGGUGUCCAGGAGGGCUCAGCACAGCCUGUGCCCCCUGUGCCCAUCAGGUACGUGGCCACUGCAGGGCAGAGGGCCAGGACAAAGCCUGGAGCUGCAGGACGGCAGUCCCUGAGGUGGGGGUGGUGGGGCAGACCCCAGGGCAGCAGGACACAGUGAAUGUGUGGGUACGAAGGGGCUGAUGAGUGAGGGAUGUGGCGCAGGGCAAAGGCGCCCUCAGUGCUGCCUGAGGAGCUGAGCCAAGGUGUCGCUGUGCUUUCCCUGUGUUCAAGGACAGCCCCAGAGGUGUGGAAGGUGCAGGGAAAGGCCAGGAGGAGAAGCACGUUUGCACUGAGCCCCCAGGCUGGCAGGGCUGGGCCGAGCACCCCGGGUUCAUGGCCUGGGUGCUCCCUGCCCUGCUCCUGGGGUUUUCUCUGCCCAGGCAUGGCAGAGGGAUGGGGGUGCAGCCAUCCUGCCCCAAGGGGCCCUGAGGGAAGCAGCAAGGAUGCACUUUACCAGAGCAGGGAGCAGAGCCGUGGGUGCUCCUGGCUGCAGGAAUGCCACGAGGGAACGCGUCCGGAUAAUCAGGAGGAGUGUGAUGGAGGAGAGCAGGCUUCUUCCCCCACAGCUCCUCUUCUGCCCCUGCCCUCCCUUGUGAUGCACUUUGAGUGGACGAGGGUGGGAUUCAACCUGCGGCUCUGGCUCCCUGGGAACGCCAGCUGAGCCUCAACCCACCACAAACUGCUCCAGCCCCUUUGGCCCAUGGCUGUGUCAGGCUCUGCCUCUCACGGGGGCUCUGCCGGCAGGCAGGCAGGCAGGGACAUGGCCCCUCACCUCCAUGCAUGUCCAGGCCACCUCUGUCACACGCACAAGAAGAGCAAACGCUUCAUCACCUGGCUGGGGUCUGCUGGAGGGGAGGCUGGGCUAGAACAGGGAGGGGAUGGGGCUUCUGCCAGGGUGUCACCCCUCUCCCAAAUCAGGCAAUAAAACAGUGUUUCCUUCUCACUGUGUGUGUGUGGACACCGUUUGUCCUGUCCCCCUGCCCUGGGCUCUGCGUGUGUCCCUGCCACGCUGGGCCCUGUGAUUUUCCAGAUUUUGCUGUGUCAGGACACCAGGCUGGACAGUGUGGGCACGUGUGAUCCAGGGGGGCACCACGCAGAGAAGCGCAGGCAUUGGAACUCACAUUUCCACACAGCCACAGGUGUGAGCUGCCUUCCUACCAAAAUAAGGGGCAGGUACCAGCUCAGAGACCGAGGGAGUCUCCUGGCACAGCUCUGUUGUGCCAGCUGCUCCGGGGGCAUUUGCCCAGGCGGUUCUGCCUUGCUGGGAGGGGGCUGUGGGGCAGGAGCAGGGCACUGCUGCCCACAGCUGCAGCCUGGCAGGAACCAGGCAGGGUGGAGCGAGGCCCUGGGCUCUCCAGGCUGGGCUGCACACGCAGGUAAGUGCCCCGCAGGGCCGGGGUGCCAGGUGCCAGCUUGCUGCUCACCCAGAGGGUGCCGGGAGCUGUUGGGCAGGAGGAGAUGUUCUGCUUUGUGUCGGCGUUUCCGAGAUGCCAGCUGUACUUGUUGGAUUUCACACAUCAAUAAAACUUAUAUUUAUAGUGUA